CUAACCCCAAGUAAUUUUCUCGUGUUCAGUCUGGCCAUGGCAGAUAUGGGUAUUUCUAUGAACGCCACUGUUGCUGCCUUCUCCAGUUUUCUGAGAUACUGGCCUUACGGAUCAGCCGGAUGCCAGACCCAUGGCUUCCAGGGCUUUAUGACUGCUCUCGCCAGCAUCCAUUUUAUUGCAGCCAUUGCUUGGGACAGAUACCACCAGUACUGCACAAGGACAAAGUUGCAGUGGAGCAGUGCCAUCACCCUGGUUAUCUUCAUCUGGCUCUUUACUGCCUUCUGGGCCGCCAUGCCUCUGAUUGGCUGGGGAGAGUAUGACUACGAGCCCCUGAGGACCUGCUGCACAUUGGACUACAGCAAGGGUGACAGGAACUAUGUGUCUUACUUGAUCCCCAUGUCUAUCUUCAACAUGGGCAUUCAGAUGUUUGUUGUGCUGUCUUCCUAUCAGUCCAUUGAUAAGAAAUUCAAGAAGACUGGCCAAACCAAGUUUAACUGUGGCACUCCUCUGAAGACCAUGCUGUUUUGCUGGGGCCCCUAUGGCAUCCUGGCUUACUAUGCUGCUGUGAAGAAUGCAACCCUUGUCUCUCCUAAACUGAGAAUGAUCGCACCCAUUUUGGCUAAGACAUCUCCUGCUUUCAACGUCUUUGUUUACUCCCUUGGAAAUGAGAACUACAGAGGAGGAAUCUGGCAGUUGCUCACUGGCCAAAAGAUUGAGACUUCUGCUAUAGAGAACAAGUCUAAAUAAACUAAGAAUGUGAUAACAGUUAAUGUCCUGGUAGUUUCUAACAGGUAUGACACUUGCUUAUUGGCAUUGUGUGCUUACAGUGGGUAUAGAGAAGAAUCACCCCCCUUUAAAAUCAUCACAUUUUGUUGCUUUGGAGCCUGAAAUGAAGACGGACACAG